AUGGCUCAUGAUCAUAACUUGGUCGUUUUUGCACAGACUUGGCAUAUUUCCUUCGGAAUACUCGGCACAAUUCUGAAUGGAUCUCUCGUUUUUCUGGCAGUUUUUAAAUCUCCAAAAGCUAUCCAGUUGUAUUCAAAACUCAUUAUCAAUUUCGCUUUGACAGAUUUGUUUGCUUGUUUGUUAGACAUGUUCAUUGAAAUUAGAUUGCUCCCUUCUCCGAACGAAGCUACAAUGACAUACAUUUUGAAUGGAUUCUGUACAUAUUUUGGAUUGAACACAUGUACAAUAGGAUUGAGUCUCUUCAUUCAUACACUGACGCAUUCUUUAUGGUCCCUUUUAAUUUCGUUUGGUUACCGGUAUUUCAUUCUUUUCCAUACAUCUCCAAAACUCAAACAUGUAUUGCUGACAAUAUUGAUUUUCUACAUACCAUCUUUCAUUCAAGCCAUGACGUAUUGGACAAAUUUUGUAGACCGUGCCACAAUUCUUCCAAUUGCAAAACGAGUUUAUCCGGAAUAUAACUUCAGCGAGGAACCAGGUCUUUUGACAGGAAUAACAAACCUGUUCUCCGUUUCUGCAAUGUACGCAAUUCUUCAUAUGACUCUUCCUGUGACUCCCGUAUACAUAUCAAUAUUCAUUCUUCGAAGGAAAAUCAUAAAAAUGUUGAUGAGGAGUCGAAAUGUGAUGUCAAAGGAAACAAAAGCUGUUCAUGCUCAAUUACUGAAAGCCCUCACAUUUCAAGCAUUGAUUCCUGUAGCUGCAUGGACUGCGGUUUAUACAGUACUGGCCAAAAAGUAUACGCAUUACAACUUCAAUGUUACAGUGCAAUUCGGCUUGCUCCGUGGAAAAGUAUUCGAAUAUCUCAUAUUCUCCACAGUGAUCUUCAUGCCCGUGAUUUCCCCGAUCACUUAUUUGAUUUAUGUCAGACCGUAUAGACUAUGUUUGCUCAGAACGUUCUGUGGAAAGUGUGCUGGGAGUGCGGUUGAAGACAAGAACCGAACAAGGUUCUAUACUCAGUACGAUUACUCAACGACCAGACAAUAA